UCCAGAGCUCUUAUUCCUGCAGAGAAUGAGUUUGAGCCACAUGGAAGAUAUGCCUUUAAGCCAUUCAAGUCUUCAAGGGACACACAGAUCAUCCUGGAAGCAAUGGUUCCUCUACUCAACAAUAGUUACUUUGCUGUUGCUUUGCUCCUUCAGUACACUAAUUCUUACUUUUCUUCCACUCAAGACUGCCAGUGAGCCCUGCGUAGCUAAGUUUGGACCAUUCCCUUUAAAAUGGCAAAUGACAUGUCCUAAGCUUCCUUGUGUGAAUAAGACAGCUAACGAGAAACUGGAGAUACUUCAGAAUGGCUUGUAUCUAAUUUAUGGCCAAGUGGCUCCCAAUACAACCUACAAGGAACCAGCUCCUUUUGAGGUGCGGCUAUGUAAAAAUGAAGACAUCAUACAAGUGCUAACAAACAACUCUAAAAUUCAAAAUGUAGGAGGGACUUAUGAACUGCAUGCUGGAGAUAUACUAGAGUUGAUAUACAACUCUGAACAUCAGGUUCUAAAAAAUAAUACAUACUGGGGGAUCUUAUUGCUAGCAAAUCCCCAAUAUAACUCCUAGAGACUCAAUUUGGCCUCCUUAUCGUCUUUAGCACAUGCAGAAAUGCUGGUGAGUGUGUUGGAGGAGGCAGAUUUUCAACACCCGCAGUUUGUCUGAGUAUACAAAUCAACACAGACAGAACCCCUCUGCAUGUGAGUUUUCAUCUCUCAAGCUUAUCCAAAAGAGACUCGGAGGACAGGCCAGAGACAUGUGCUUACCUCUGACAUUGGGUCAGCAAAGACGCUUUACUAAUCCAUGAUUAAUGAUUGUGGGUGGCUCAAGGACAGAAGCUUCUCAAAGAGUCUGUGUCUAAUUCUUGAAUCCUUGAGCGGGGAAAAAUUGUCUUAUUGCCCUGGGAGCCUUACCUGGUAUGCAAAAAAAGAUUCAGCGUGGUGGCCUGGCCUUGUUCUCAUAUUCUUGGGCUGCUUCACUUUACUCUUCCCAUACUCCUGUUACAAGUAGACAGACUGGGAGGGUGGCCACAGAUAUGCCAACAACACCCCACUUUAGAUGUGAUGAUAUUAAGAAGACAGAAUACUCAGAGAAUUAUUGGGGCAGAGGCACAGAUGGCAUAGAAUGGAAUGCACUUUACUUGGGAAUUUCCCUGAUUUCAUCACAUUCAGGAUGCAUAAUGCUUUAUAAAACCAUUUGGUCAAGGACUCAUUCUGAACGUUGACAUCGGGCUCAUGAGAAGUUGUUGAUGUGUGUCUAAAUGUUGUCAGUAGUAAAGAAAGACUAAUCAUUAGUAAUCAUAAAAUUAAACCCUAGAAAUUGGUAUCAUCAGUACUGUAUUAUGUCAUGUAAUAAUUUCCUAUUUUUAGCUGGCUGUCCACAGUUUGCAAAGUGCUUUCAUAUAUCACAGGGCAACUCUAUGAAGCGAAUGGGGCAGGUGUUUUUGGCACAAUUUAAACAAAGAAAAUAUGAAGGCAUCUGGAACGUAGGUGACUUGCCUCAACCCAUAGAACUAAUGACUGAUAGGGCCAGUGGGCUUCCGCAGUGUAUCACACUAUCUCAGCUUUAGGGUUAGUAUUUCAGCUAUGAUGUUAAGUCCAUAGAGCUUAGCAGAUGUAAUUAUCAGGAGAUGCAUUCCCUUUCAGUUCAAGGUGGGUAGACUAAAGCUACAACCAACUCUCCUUCCUUAGCAAACUACUUUUCCUUUCCCUGCUUGAAUCAGGGAGCACAAGGGUGUUGCUCAGGGCUUAUUCCAACCAAAUCCCCUCCCUCACUUUAAAGAGCCUGUCUUGGUCAAACAUGUUAACUUCUAAAAAUAAUGAAUAGCACUCAAUUAAAUGAUAGCCUGCUAAAGUUUUUAGACUCUGUUAAAUUAAUUAGCUGUUUGGGGGUUCUUGUUGAAAGGUAUAUAAUAUGAUUACAUGAUACCCAAUUUAAAAUAUUUAUGGAUAUUUGUAAAAAGCUAUACUAUGUUAAUUAAAAAAUAUUUGUAUUGUAUGGGACAAAAAUUGCUGGGGAACAGAGUAAGCCUGAGGCCAAGAUGUUUCUUAGUCUUUUUUAAAAAACAUCUGCUGAGUAGCUGUACUGGCCAAAGACCUAGAUACCUUGCUUCUCUUGCAUUUGCAUAUCUUCUCAGGAAAUUAAAGUUA